UAAACCCAUUUCCUUCUUAUUCUGUCUCCUGUUCUCACAUUUCUACAAUCUACAGCCAUGACCUUUUCUAGGAUCUUCUUAUUCACUCUUCUUCCAUGCUUAUUGUUAUCUUUAGGAACACUUCCUGUGUCAAAUGCAACACGCGCCUUCUUCGUCUUUGGCGAUUCUCUUGUAGACAAUGGCAACAACAACUAUCUCGCGACGACGGCUCGGGCCGACGCACCUCCUUACGGCAUAGACUUCCCAUCUCACCACCCUACAGGCCGAUUCUCCAAUGGAUUGAACAUCCCUGACAUUAUUAGCGAGCACCUUGGAGCUGAAUCUCCUUUGCCAUACUUGAGUCCACAUCUCGAAGGGGAAAAACUACUUGUCGGAGCGAACUUUGCAUCAGCAGGGAUUGGGAUUCUCAACGACACCGGAAUCCAAUUUGUUAAUAUAAUAAGGAUCGAGAAGCAAUUGCAGUACUUUGAGCAAUACCAGCAGAGGCUGAGCUCUCUGAUUGGCGAGAAACAGACGCGGCACCUCGUGAACAGCGCGCUCGUUCUGAUAACUCUAGGAGGAAAUGAUUUUGUCAACAAUUACUACUUGGUGCCUUACUCUGCGAGAUCAAGAGAGUUCUCCUUGCCCGACUAUGUCCAGUAUCUCAAUUCUGAAUACCGGAAAAUUCUUUUUAGGCUUUAUGAACUUGGCGCGAGACAAGUCCUGGUCACUGGAACUGGCCCACUGGGGUGCGUGCCGGCCGAGCUAGCACUGAGGAGCCGCGCCGGGCUCUGUGACCCGGAGCUGCAGCAAGCCGCAGACCUAUUCAAUCCCCAGAUGGUUCAGAUGCUGGGAGAGCUUAAUAGUCAGCUCCAGUCGGAUAUCUUCAUCGCCGUUAACGCUUUCCGGAUGCACAUGGACUUCAUAUCCAACCCAGAAGCAUAUGGUUUCGUGACAUCCAAGGUUGCAUGCUGUGGGCAAGGGCCAUACAACGGGAUCGGGCUCUGCACCGUGCUUUCAAGCGUGUGCCCGAACAGAGAUGUGUACGCAUUCUGGGAUGCAUUCCACCCAACAGAGAGAGCUAACCGGAUCAUCGUGAGCCAAUUCAUGGCCGGAUCCACCGAGUACAUGAACCCCAUGAACCUAAGCACAAUCCUCGCCAUGGAUGCGCGAAUCUGAUAUAUUAGAAUUCAGAAUUUCCCUUCUACUCACCCCUCUGAGUGUUAGAUUAGCUUUUACCUUAUUCGAAUUCACUACUCACCCCUCUGAGUGUUAGAUUGAGCUUUUACCUUGUUUGAAGUCACUGUUAAUAAUCCACGGUGUGCUUAAGGUAUAGUUAGCAGAGGUGUUAGCUAUACUCUCCUUGCUUGAUGCAUCUUUUGCUUCAGAAGUUCCAUAUAUAAUAUAUUCCAGGAAAAAGAUGGCACUUAGUAAGGGGGAAACGGGUAUAAAAUAAGCUUUUAUACCCUAUACCUAUACCCAUGUAAGCGCGGGAAAACCCAAAAAGAGACAAAAGGCAAUACCUCAAUAAUGUGCAAAUGCACAUAUCAAACUUGUCAAAUUUUCCUCUAAUAAAAAUCCUCAAUGAAAUGGUCACAAACCGACGAUUAGUAUCUCCAUGCAGUAAGGAGGAACAGUAGCUUUUACGGAGAAGUGAGAAAGCUUCCGAAACAUUACAAGUAAAACUACGAA